UGGGCGGGACUUCAGCACACGUGAGUAACGCGCCGCAAACAUGGCGGAUCCUAGAGAAGCGUUUUCAGAUGAAGAGAAGGAACACACACACAGAGCCGAAGACUUAAAGCCGAGUGAAGACACAUACGCCGAAGACAUGGAGCCGAGUGAAGACACACACACCGAAGACAUGGAGCCGAGUGAAAACACACACACCGAAGACAUGGAGCCGAGUGAAGACACACACACCGAAGAGACACACAAGAGCUUCAGAGACCUGGGCGUCACUGAGGUUCUGUGUGAAGCCUGUGAUCAGCUGGGCUGGAAGAAACCCACCAAGAUCCAGAUCGAGGCCAUUCCUGUCGCUCUGGAGGGCCGUGAUGUGAUCGGUCUGGCGGAGACGGGUUCGGGGAAGACGGGGGCGUUCGCUCUGCCGAUCCUCCAGUCUCUGCUGGCGUCGGCUCAGCGUCUGCACUCACUCGUCCUCACGCCCACCCGAGAGCUGGCCUUCCAGAUCGCGGAGCAGUUCGACGCCCUCGGCUCCAGCAUCGGCGUCAAGACCGCGGUUGUCGUGGGAGGGAUUGAUAUGAUGUCUCAGGCUCUGGUUCUGGCCAAGAAACCUCACGUGGUCAUCGCGACUCCGGGCCGCUUGAUCGAUCACCUGGAGAACACCAAAGGCUUCAACCUGAGAGCGCUCAAAUAUCUGGUGAUGGACGAGGCCGACCGCAUCCUCAACAUGGACUUUGAGUCUGAGGUGGAUAAAGUCCUGAAGGUCAUCCCACGCGACAGACGCACAUUCCUGUUCUCAGCCACCAUGACUAAAAAGGUGCAGAAGCUUCAGCGAGCGGCUCUACGGGAUCCCGUGAAGUGCAGCGUUUCCACCAAAUACGCCACCGUCGACAAACUGCAGCAGUUCUACAUAUUCAUCCCAUCAAAGUACAAGGACUGUUAUCUGGUCUCUAUCCUCAACGAACUGGCCGGAAACUCCUUCAUGGUUUUCUGCGGCACUUGUAAUAAUGCCCAGCGUGUGGCGCUGCUGCUCCGGAACCUGGGAAUCACGGCCAUCCCACUGCACGGUCAAAUGAGUCAGAACAAGCGUCUCGGCGCACUCAACAAGUUCAAGUCCAAGUCCCGCUCGGUGCUGCUGGCCACGGAUGUGGCGUCCCGCGGGCUGGACAUCCCUCACGUCGACUGCGUCAUCAACUUUGACAUCCCCACACACUCCAAGGAUUACAUCCACCGCGUGGGCCGCACGGCGAGAGCAGGGAGAUCUGGGAAAUCCAUCACCUUCGUCACACAGUAUGACGUGGAGCUGUUCCAGCGCAUCGAGACACUGAUCGGGAAGAAACUGCCCGCCUUCCCCACACAGGAAGAGGAAGUGAUGAUGCUGGUGGAGCGAGUGAGCGAGGCUCAGCGGUUCGCACGCAUCGAGAUGAAGGAGAGCAGCGAGAAGAGGAAGCGGCCCAGAGCGGCCGAGGAAGAGGACGGCGAGCAGUCGAGCGGCGUGAGGAAGAUGGUGAAGGGCGGCUCCUUCAGAGGAACUCGAGGCGGAUCACGGAGAGGACGAUGAAGAUCACGGCUGCGUUCUCUUCCACUUUGUGAACUGUCUCUUUAAGAUAAUUUAAAUAUGUAAUGAUGAAUUUCUUUGAAGCCGCCUCCCCCUUUGGCAGAGAACAGACCACAACGUUACUUCUCUUAGAGGCGUUUCCCAACGGCAAGAACUGGCGGACGGGCGAGUUAGGCUUCGGAGAAGAACCCUGGAGUCCGGAGUGAACCGAACAGCGCUCUGUGUCGGGCCUCACAGGAGUCAUGAACACACGAUGGCUGCCGCUGUGCUUUAUCAAGAGACCGCGGAGAUCUGCCUUAUAGUGUCUCCAGCUUUGUGUGUCUAACCCUUCUGCUUUUCUCCUCACCUGCCCAUGUGUUUAGAAAUGUGACUGGACAGUUUACUUGCUAUACCCCUAAAUAAAAAGUCACAAAAGUUUAA